AUGGAAUCAGAUACUCUCGCGUCAAAAGCUCUUGUCUAUGUUCUUGCGCACUCUGAAGAUGGCGCGAUACUACUAUUGUGUCAUAUGGACCUGACAUUUGGAGGGAAUACCUUUCAUCGUAUGCUUAACACCUCUGCAAGACUACUUAGUCCCGACAAGAAGGUGUUCGUCUAUCUCGUUCUUGAUGCCAGCUACGUUGAAAGUAUAGAGAUAAGAAACGACGACGCUGUGCCGGUUGAGGUCACGAAUGCUUUCGUAAAACAAUCACGCUGCACAGCAUCGACCGAGAUUUUGAGCUUGCAAUUUGCCCUCGAAGGUCAGGUGCCUGUUGUCUCUCCGAACUCGACAUUACAAAAGAGGCCAUCCAUAUGCAAAGCUAUAGAUGCUUUGCUGCGGAUAGGCCGGUGCAAAACACUCAAGAUCUUCGUGCCUUCUCAAUUCAUCAAAAAGCAGCAUCUCCCAGAGCUCUGCAGCUCGCUGGCUCAACGGACUCUCAAGCCGGCUCUCAACUAUAUCCUGAAGACUCUGUAUGAAGGCACCGGCGGCAAGCUCGUUACGGACGUGGAAAAUCUAUGCAGGCGCGAGCAGCGUACUAACCAGGCAAAGCGUUUGAGGCGUGAGGUGAUUAUUCUCGGGCUGAGCCGACCGUCUGUCAGAGAACACGAUUUAAAGCUAGCCGACCUCGAGACCGAUGCAUAG